GGAUCUAAAUCCUUUUGCAUGACAGCAGCUCACCAGUAACUUUAGCCAGGCUGAGAGCCGGAGCUGGAGCACCUGUGCAGGAACGGAUUAUUUCUCCAAAACGUUUACCUCUUUUUGUUUGUUUACAGCCUCGAACAUGUUCAACAGUCAAUUCAGGGAGUUUGAAGAGGAUCCGUUUUUUUCGUGAGUACUCAUUUAACUGUAUUAUAACUAUUAUUUUUGUCUUUGCGUAUUAUUGUAAUCUGAACUAGACUACAAAAGUGAGUAACGCUACAUUAAAAAAAUAAUAAAUUCACAAAACCAAACUCUAGAAACUCUACAGUGUCCCAACUCAUUUUAGGAGGGCUGGCGUUUUAUGAAUGAAGUCAAAUUUACCCGAAUUUAUUUAUAUCCUAUUCUGUAACAUAUGAGCAGCCAUUUUAAACGUGUGUUAGCGCCUAUAAGUAAUAUAUUAAUAUAAUUAAUUUCACCAAAGCUGUAAUUGGUGUGACUCUCAAUUGAAAUCCACGUUAGCCACUCAGUUUUGAUUUAUUAAGGUUGUAACCAAGCAACAACUUCUGAAAGCUGACCCCUUGCUUUUGAGUGUUAUGUAACGUUAUGCUUUAAAACGCAUGUUUGACUUUGACCCUGUGAGAUACAGUCGGACUUCUUUCACGAGUGGACACCUGCUGAGUCAGUGUGGCCACACUUGACCCUACUUCUCAAGUGGCAAAAGUGUUAGCUCCUUAUUCCUUUCUUAUUACCCCCCUAAGAAGUCUUUAUUAUGGUCUGAACUUAUGUGCAUGUUUGAGUUUCACAUGUUCUUAUCCUUCCUCUGCCUUAGGGAUCCAUUUGGAGCUCACAGGGACCACAUGCGGCACAUGAUGCGGAGCUUCUCAGAACCAUUUGGUGGAUCCUUGAUGCCCAGUUUAAUGGAUGGGAGAAACCGUGGUCGUGCCAUGAUAGAACAUCCCAGUGCAUCCCAGGGACUCAGAGAGGAACACAGGGUGAGGUCACACAUCUGAAGAAACAAUACUUCACAACUUUGAGAUUUUUAUUCAUGUAUUCUUUUAUUAUUUAAACCUUUUGACCUUGUUUAUCGUAAAUAAAGUUCAACGGCAUCCGUAUAUUGGAAGAUAUGACUAACCCACAAACAUUCAAGUGUCCUUUGGGUCUGACUCCCCUUACUUCAACAGUUCACUCAUACAGUUCAGGUCCUCUGGCUGCCCCAUGUCUGUCUUCUCCUCAUUGCAUACAAUCAUAGGAGAUUAGUGUUUGAAGAAGUGCAAAAUUUGCUGAGGUUUAGUGGAAGUUGGCCACUAGCAGUGUAACUGGAGCACCACUUACAGAGGUAUGGGGCCAUGUGAAUCUCUAGUUUAGUGGAAGGGCAACCCCCUCAGCCUCUCAGGACAGUUAUAUCUGGCCCUCAGGAGCCCUAUUUAUAGUGCAUUGUUCCACUGACACACUACUUUCUUGCAAAUACACACACAGACUUCUUUAACGUUCGAGCUGAUAGCACACAAGAGGACACUGCUCUGCUAUGAUGGGCUGCUGUAAAUAAUUAGCCUAGUUGUCAUGUUGACCUAAAAUGUAGUUUGUUCCCCAAGUAUGGGGACUGUAAGGUUGAGAAGUCUUCUGUUAUGUUAAAACAUGGUCAAAUUAUGACCAUUAAAUAGUCUGCUGAAGUUUUAAGGUUUAAUCAACAGGCAAGUGGACAGUUUUGAUCAAUGAUGCACUGCAUUUGUAAACCUUUCCCAAAUAUAACCAGCCCUUACUCUGAUUGGAUAUCCCUGCUAAAUCAAACUUAGUCCCAGUCACAUGCUUUAAUCCCCAUUCUUAAUUAAAGCCCUUAUUUUUAUCACUGAUAAUGACUUUUGAUUGAAUAAAACAGAAUAUUUUUAGCUGGGGACAAAACAAAGCUAACAUUAGCUUUUGUCUAAUAUUAGCCACAACUGGUAAUAUAUUCACCUUAAAAUGUCUGAUCUGUAUUUUUAUCAACUGUAUUUUUCAUUUGCUUGUAAUUAUAAAAGGCUUUAUUUAUAACUUUGUCAGAUAUCCUACUGCUGUAUAACUUAUUAAACCAGAUAUUGAAUUUUCCACAUGUACAUCUGUGGAAAAUGUUUCCUAUAUUUAUACCGUUGAUGAUUCCAGCCAGUGAAACUGAGCUACAAUGCAAAAAGUCCAUCCAUCCAAUUAUAUAUCUCAGACAUAUAGAGCGUAUUUAUAUCAGCAGAUAAUAGAUAGAUUUAUUUAGCCUGCUAAGUACUUAGUUAAUUUUCACAAAGAAUUAACCUGCUCUAUUACUGGACAAAUGGAAUCAAAACUGUGCCUCCCUGACUUCUACACACUUGCUUAGAUAAAGAGCAGUCUUUGGUUCCCGGCAGUGGUCAGAGAGGCUGCAGCCUGGGUGCUGAGUGUUGUUGGCUUUGGAAAGGCAUAUGCGCGGAUGUCAUGGUCACUCUGUUUUCUUAUUGUUGCUCUUUCAGUCCAUCUGUUUGGCUCGACGUGCCUUGGCAAUGCUGGUGCUUUAGCAGCCAGAUGACAGACAGCUCACUCUCACUCUGCUCUCCAAUAUCACAGGCGCACAUGUUCACACAAAAAUACAUUAAUACACACACACACACACUCACAAAUUCUCUAUUAAAAAAAUCUGACAAAAAUGCUGACAAGUGCUGUUACACUAAGUCGCAGCAUGCAAAAUGAGCAGACUUGCAGGCAUGCAAAUGCAAACACACAUAGACCUGCACACUUACAAUGCUGGAAGGCUUUAGGCGUCUUGUAUUCCUGGUGGAAAAACAAUCUCCGUGUGGCCUUCCAAAGCUCUCACAUUUCCCAGCCUUCUGCCAACAGCACUACCUGUUUAUAUCACCUUUCAAAGCACUUAUCCAGCCAAGCACUUGUUUAUAUAAGGACUGCUGAAUAACUAACAAGCAUCAUUAUGAGUUAGGUGUACUUUCUUUGAUUCUGCGGUUUGUACUGGGCUAAGCAGGUGGUGCAGGGGCUGGGAAAAGGUUGUGACCAAUGAUGAUUUUGUAUUUGUUGCAGAUGUAAAGCUGUAAAUUGUGAUUGAAAUAAAGUGAGAAUAAAGCAGUUUAGAGCUGCUUUAAAGAUAUCAUAAUCUCCACAUUUAUAUUCAGCACUUUUUAUAUCAUUUGAGGUCUACAAGUUACAAAAAAACAUAAAAUUUUUCUUCUACUCCCAAGAGAUGCGCUCUUUCUUAGGCGUUAUGUGAUAACCUCACUCUUCCUUUUAAGUAUGAAUCAUAUCGACAGCACAUGUCUGCUGCGGUGUAACUCAUAUCUCCUCCAGGAGCAGCCUCCCUCUGAGGGCACAGUAGCUGAUUCAAUAUCAGACUGACAGUGUGAUAGAAAAGAGAAUGUCAAUCUGCAGUUGUCCAGACAGCCUAAAAUAAUGUGUUAAAGACCACUGGGUCUAUGUACCGUAUUUUGCACCCUCAAUCUCUCCUCUGCUGUGCCUCAGUCUAAAUAUAAUGCUUGGAGAUAUGUAACCGGCAUUUAUUAGUUCAUACAUGCCACUCUGGGAUAAAAUAGGCUGUGAGGCUUCAUAGAUACCGAUAAAAGCGUUUUACAUCAGCUUGACAUUUGAAAAGAGCUGAGAGAGCAGCCUUGGACUCUCUGACCCAUGUUAGAUCCCCGUCCUGAUGGGCCUGUCUAGCCUUCCCAGAAUUAGGCUCAGUUUCAGUGUUAAACCCACUCUAAUCUCUGGCAAUGUGGCCCAAUUACACGUGGAACACAAGUCAUUCAACACCUCACUGAUUAUGCACAAUACCCCUGUGUAUCAAAACCCUAGGAAAUACAUACCCACACACACACACGCACAUAUCAAUAGCUGUUGAGAUGCUUUUCCAGGGCUGCAAGUCAUAAACACCUGCUGCCUUGGCCUAGAGAAUACAGGGUCUGACUGGAGGCUGCAGGCUGCUCCCUCCUCACUUGCAUGUCUCCUCUUGAUGCCUACACUCCCAGAGGGUUCAUGGCCUUGAUGGGUUGCACUUAAGGCCGGGGGUGAGCUCUGUGUAGCUGUGCGAAGGCUUAGUGACAGAUGUAAGACAACCUAACAGCUUACAGGCAACAGCCUCAGCUAACAUGUAAAAGCCUGAUUCAAAGGUGUGUAUGUAACAUGCUGUACAAAUGUAAUAAUACCAUGUCUCUAAAGUGAUACUAUUUUAUUCCUCAGGACAUGAGCCGGUCAUUGUUGCCCUUUGGCAGUAUGGAGAGCACGGUUAGUGGAAUUGUUUGAGCAUACAAAGUUGCAUGAGUCUAUCUCUAAAACUCUUACUAUGUGCAUGCUCGGACUCUAUUACUGUCAGUAUCCAUUACUUAGACUUAAGGUGGUCAGUGAAGAAACAAAAGUGUUUCCUCGUGUAGGGGUUGAGAGUUAGCAUGAUGGGACAUUAUUUCAGGUUGCUUGAAGUGUCAUAGGCCUAACUUAAUGAAACACAAGUGAAGGGAGGUACCCACUUGGUAGCUCUGGUGAUGCACUGACUCUUGAUGCCCAUCUAUCUCUAUCUGUCUGGGUUAUAAGGGGCAUUUAGGGCCUUGUAGUCAGCUGAGUAACUUGUUAGUGGAGCUUAAAUAUUAGUUUGAGGUUGUGAUGAUUUUUUUUUUUCACAAAAUGCCCUGUCCUUUACACUAGAACACAAAUGCAGUAAGAAAGUUUCAAAACCUGAUGUUUCAUUUUGAAUGUAUGGGGAUCUCACUGCAGCAUGUAUGGCGAAUUUGAGUAGCUUAAAAUGAGAUGCAUGUUGUGCAUGAACUUUGACCUAAAAAGUGACAUUUCACUUCUUUUAUUCUUCAAAUUAACAAUUAAUCUUUAAAUUUCCUUUGCAGGAAGAACACUAAACAAACAGUUCAGUUAGAUGUGUCAUGCAUGCUGGAUCUGGUUUACUGUUAUGUUGUAAAUGUCACUGGGUCACAUAUGUGGAGGUGCUAAAAUGUGAAUGUGCAGCAUCACAGAUGGCGUGACACAUUUGGCUCACUGUACUCUGUGCAUGCACGUACACAUGGUAGUUCUUAUACUCUGAUUAUACUUAUCGACGUCACUGUUUGCUGUUUUUUAUGUUUUUGCCCAGGACACGAUGAGGAAUCCUUUUGGCAUGUUUGACAAUAUGAUGUCCAACGUGAGAAACAGGAUGGAGGAGAUGCACAGGAACUUUGUGAGUCUGCUCAGCUGGAGAUUUUUUGUUCUUUACUCUUGUUUUGCUGCUUUCUCAGACCACCAUGGUAGAAGACCUGUUAUUCUUUAACUCUGUGUGUGUGUGUGUGUGUGUGUGUGUUUGUGUGUGUGUUUGUCAGGAAAACAUGUCCACAGACUCAAACACCCACUCGUUCAGCUCCUCAUCAGUCAUGACAUAUUCCAAGGUUGGAAAUGAGGCUCCCAAGGUCUUCCAGGCGAGCUCAUCAACACGCCGUGCCCCUGGAGGGGUAAGCACCCAUCGUCUGAGUCUCUGCAUUUUAUCACUGUACAUUAGUGUUAUACAGCUAAGUGCACUGAUUCUGGAGAAGCUAAUUUAUCUGUAGAUAAAUCAGCAAGUCUGUCCUAUUUGUGUUGAUUAGUCAAACUGAUUGAGCUACUUUCUUAAAGGUAUUGACUUCUUAUUUUCUGGCAUCAACAUUUUUACAGAUCAGGGAGACAAGGCAAGCUCUUAAAGACUCUGAAAGUGGUGUGGAGAAGAUGUCCAUUGGUCACCACAUCCAAGACAGAGGACAUGUUGUUGAGAAGAAGUACAACAAGAAAACAGGAGAGAAGGAGUUCAAUCAGGACUUCCAGAAUUUGGAUGAGUGUACGCUGAAGUUAUAGGCUGCUUUUAAUUCUUUGAUAGCCUGCUCUCAGUUAUGUUUGUUCAACUGUUCCAAGUAUUUCUAACACGACCCUGAUUCUCCACCCACAGCCGAGGCACAGACUUUUGAUGCAGAGUGGCAGCAGGAAUUAUCCAAGUUCCAGUCAUCUGCUCCCAUGUCUCGUAAGGAGGAACCUCGUCUUCGAGGUGUUCACAGGGCAGCCCUUACUGCUCCCGAGCAGACUAAAAGGUAGGUAUAACAUGCUAGCAUUGACUGUUUGUAUAAUGGAUGAUGUGUCCUCAAUUUUAGUCAUUGUAUGGAGCAGUCUGUGAACAUUUAAAGCGUCCAUUUGAUACGCAGUCCAUGCAUGCUCAGACUUCACUAUGUGGUAUGUUCUCUUAGUAUGGUUAUUGUGGUUAUUCUGCUGUGUGAUUGAUUUGUGUAUUUCUGUGUGUUUUCCACAGAGACAAACCAAAGGACAAGGCUGAGGGUAAAGGCAAAGUAAGAUUCUCCGACUCAGAAAAGCAGUGAAAACCUGCAUUUGUGAGCUGAUUAAAGUUUUCAGGCAUUAAACAGUACAGUCUCAUGCUCCGUAUAAAACACACACACACACUGUCCCUGGUUUCAUUAACAACAUAGACAGAAGAAGGCACCAAAUACAGGACUGAAUUACUUAAGAGGCUACAAUACCAUUCAAUGGAAAGCAACUUGAUAGGAAUUCAAAACGUGUGGAAUAAAAACAGUCUGGUAUGUUCUGUGGAAUGAAUGUUAGGAGGGUGACAAAUAUUUAAUGUGCAGUAUGCUGACUCUGGGGUAAGUCGUGUUUUUAUGAAUGUAAUGAUGUUGGGAUUGCUAAAGUUUAAUAUAGGAAAUAUAAUAUGUGACUAAGAUUGAUGUGCACUACUUGUCAUUACACUUUAAAAGUUCAAAAGCCAUUAGGUUUUCAAGUACUUCAUACUGCAAUAUGACACAAUGUGAAGCAACUUACUGGCUGUUUGGAAUCCUCUAAUGCACUCAGACAUUAUCGGUUAUUUCUCAUUGAAAUGUUUCAUCCCUGAUGCUCAAGAUAUAUAUAUUGUACCUGCUGUAAUCGUUGUAAAAAGAACUAUAUUUUCCCUUUUUAUAAGUGACUUUGGUUUUUCAACUGAUGAACUCUGUGCUGCAUUGCAUAUCUGGAUACUCGCAGAAUUAUUUGCCUUGUUCUUGUAUAUUUUUUCAAGUUUUAAAUGUAACAUAUGCCAACACAGACUAUUGUAUGAAAAUAAAAAUGUGGAAAUUUAAGAUUUAUCUGUACCAGCUUCAAUUUUUAUAUCUAUUAACAAAAAACAACAUAUUAUACUUAGCUUGGGGUGAAAUUAAUGAAGUCUCAAAUGUAUACAUAUUUAGUAAAUUUGAUAUCAUACAUAUUGAAUAAAUAUUAAUAAACUGUGUAAGGUUGUGAUGAAUGGUGAUGAACCUCUGGUGUUAGUUGGUAGUGACGCAGCGUGAUAUUUAUGGAUCGAAGCACGUCAGUAACUCAGAUUGGACUGAGAUGUUUCACAGCUGCAAACCCACGUGUUCAUGUAUCAGCCUUAAUAUAACUCCAAGCUUUGACAUGCAGAUAGGCUAUCUAGAAACCUCUGAGCAAUAGAUAACAGUGUAAAUACAUUCAAAUUAUCACUUUCAGCAGCAACUGAUAGUUUUUCCACUCUUAUUAAUCGUCCUCUCGCAUUAAAGUUGCAGUUAUCAUUAGACACUUAUUACUUUGUAGAUCUUGAGUAAGAUUUUCAAAACAAGGAGUUAAUUAUAGAAAGUUUUUUAUUAUCAAAUACAAAGAGGCUACAAAAACAUGAAUAUUGAGUCAGUGUGUACAACUGUGCUUCCACCUGCUGGUCAUGUCAAGACAUGCUUUUUGUUUGAAGUAUUUACAGACUUGUCAAAAAAAGAAAACAAUUAUUUAUAUUUAAAUAUACAGGGACAUUAGAAACAGGAAAGCAUCAUGCUCAAAACUAACAGUAAAUUAUGGGACACUAAUAAAAGCAGAAGGGUCCUGGAGAGCCAGACUCGGGUCUACAUGAUUCCCUGAGGCUGUCCCUUUCCUGCAAUCUUCUUGGAGCACUCCAGCAAAGCAUUGUGGAUAUCUUUGGCGCAGGAAAUCUGAGACUUGAUCAUACCGAGGUACUGGGCAUAAGACAUGGACUCUGUCUGCACUGUGUCUGGCUUGGUGGCUGUUGGCACCAGGUUGGGUGAAUGUUUGGCGCUGUCUAUGCUCUGGGAGAGGCACUCAUAGGCCAGUCUCUGCACACAGGAAAAAACACAAGAGAGUUUGCAUUGAAUAUGUGAAUUGUGAAGCAUUCUCACAUCUUGUCAUGAGCAUUAGGGGAGAGUGGGGUAAGUUGAACCAAAGGGUAAGUUGAGCCCCCCCCUGUUGCUUAGAAAUGGUCAAAGAAAUUGAUCAUGUGACUUAAUAUUUAGGAGAUGGUCAUCAAUUCAUGGAGUCUGUGAAGGUUAGAAGCUCAUGGGUGAAGGGGUUAGACAUUUAUUUCCAAAAAAAACAUUUUUCACUCUUAAAAGUGAAUUUAGUCUGUUAUAAGUUUUAUUAGAAUUGUGUUCAGACCAAAAAAGAUCAUUUUAAAUUUGUUUUAUACAUCAAUUGUGGUAUCUAUGAGCUACAACACGAGGUCAAAAACUUAGCAUAAAAGUCCACCAUUUUAGCUCAGAGGACUAAUAAAGUCAUUAAAGCAGUUCUGGGGUAAGUUGAAACAAGUGGCCCAACAGAGAAAGUUAUGAAGUCUGAUGAGAGGAUCAGAGUUUCAGUUCAGAUUGUUGAAAUGUGUUACUGUUUCUUUUCAAAAAUACAGCUGUGAAUGUUCUGAAUCACUUAAAGACAUUCUCAUGUUAAAAUGACUUUUUACAAAACAGCUUUUUAGCAGCUAUAUGCAAUAAUAAUAAAACGUAUUAUUGUACUAGUUGAAUAGUGUAUAAUAGAUAAAAAUACACAUCAAUGUGAAUUCUUUAUUUCUGUUAAUUAGGGAGAGAGAAGGUGAGGGAAGGCUGGGGUGGAGAGUGGAGGAGUAGUAGGGAUACGGCUCAACUUACCCCGCUCCUAUGGUCAACUUACCCCAUACACAGGGCAAGUUGACCACUGGAGACCACUUUUUUUUGGCAUGCUUUAUUAUCAAGACAGUUAUGUUUACACUCAUUCUGUUAGUUUGCAGGGAUGCACAACGCCUUGAAAUAUCUGCAGAUACAUUGAGAGACAAAACUAUGAUUGUCUUGAUGUAGUGAUCUGAAAUAUAAAAAGUGGCUCAUCUUACCCCACUCUCCCCUACUGUUUUAAAGGUUUGAAGUAUGUGACGUUGAUCUUACCAAACACAGCUCCAGCUGAUCACACAGUGCAUAAAACUCCUCCAGGCUUUUGUCAAAGCGUUGCACAGAGGUGUCGCUACUUUUGCUGAACCAGAGAAAAGCAAACAGAUAGUUAAAAAACAAAUAAAUAAAAUAAAUAAUGCAGACACUGAUCUUCCACAAUGAUAUUUGUCAAACAAGACCAAUGGUAUUUAUUAAACCAUAAAUCCAGAUAACUUACAUGCCGUUGUCAAUUGACGUGUUAUGGGACAAAUUCAGGGAGGCAAUCUUCAUUAAAUUCUGAAAACGAUAAACACAAGUAAAUAUAAUAAAGCUUUACAAUAACAAAUCACUUCAUAUAUAGUUUAUAAUGUAAAAAGCGGUAUUUUGGUGAAUUGUUGGAUGAGAUGUUCUGUAUCCAAACGAGCUUUUUUUUUUACCUGCAAACUCUCCUUUAGCUGAGGAAUAAGCAUCUUAAAUCUAUGUACGGGGUCAAAGUCUUGCUGUUGGCUGAGUUGUUGCUGUUGUUGUUGUAAAGUGGUGGGUUGUUGUAAUCCAGGCUGAGCCAUCGAAGUACCGGGCUGCGGUUGCUGAGCCGCCAUUGUCGCUACCUGAUUUGUACUGCGCACGUGCGAAAUGUACGUCACUGAAGGCAGAGAAACCCCGAAG